AUGAAAGCAAAGUCCAUAAUUUCUGACCUGCACCUGAAGUUUGCAGAGAGGACCUGGAAAGACACUUUUCAGCUUGUCCGGAGAUGCAUGGAGAAAUCCAGAGAUGAAUCCAAACCCUGUGAGCCACUGGUUCGAUCCCUAGAAAGACUCCAGGAAGAGUUCAAUGUGUCCUCUAUGAAUACCAUGAGGUCUCGUCUGGAAAUGAUUGCCAAACAACAAGGAAUGGGCUUCCACGUCACUGAGGCCACAUGCUACCUCACAGCCGACUUAUUCUACCUGGAGGUGGUGUUGGAGCCGCACGGUGGGGUGGAGGAGGUGAAGGUGGCCCCACAGGGAGGAGCCCCUGUUUCCAGCGAGUCCCUUCUGCAGCUGCUGAGGUUAAAGAAGUUUGCAGACUUCUCCAUGAGCUUGGCGGCCCUCUUCACCCAGUACAACAUGCCUGGAGACAAUGAAAUCAAAUUAAAACUGUUUACAUCUCUUCAAUACCUCUGGAAGGAUUUGCAGCAAAUAUCUCAAUUGCCAAGGGCACCAAAGGACGGUGACCCCCAAAUAGACAUGAUUAACAACGGAAGUAUUGGGAGCCUAAUAGCCGGAAAAGAAGAUUGCCCCCUGACUAUCCAGUUCUUUAUCGCCCCCACUGAUGUAAAGAAAACAGAUUCACAAACAACAGAUAUGAAGGCAGGUGUCCAGGCAGCCCAGGUGACUGUUGGCGUCAGCGAUGUUACUCACAAGCUCCAGAUGGCAUCUGUGAUCCCGCAGCCUCAACAGCUGGAUCCCCGGGGUUAUCCUGUGUUCCUGCCGCCGAAUGAGGUGCCAAACGAGACGCUGCCCGCCUGCUUUCUCCUCAAACUGCAGCCAGCUGUACCAGUGAUUCUGUCUUUUGUCAACAAGCUGAGCCAAAUUACAGAUGUGACCAUACCAGAUGAUGACCUGCAGUGGGCACCCUUACCCAAGCUUCUGAUGAGAGGUUCACAGAGUGCAAACAGCCAUGGGGAGACAUCAGAUGAGCAGGACACUAUUUUUACAGUGCCUCUUCCUGGUGGCGUGAUGCACAGUUAUAUUUUCCCCGGAGCUGCAUGGGAGGCGCCUGCGCAGAGGGGGACUGUGAUGGACAGUGUUCCCUUCACUCGCCCCGCACAUGUCCCGGCUAUACUGGACCUGCUGCGCCAUCAGUGUGUCAUUAACACCCUGCUGAGGAGCUGCGUCUCGUCUCAGUGUUCGGUUUGUGACCUGCACUUCGAAGUCCUCCCGGAGUCGGACACCAGCUUCUCUGUGACCUUCCACCAACCCAACACCGACUCCCUCGCUGUGUUGCUGGUGAACGUGUUGGAUUCUCAUCAGAUUACCUGCAGCUUGUUCGGAGCAGGAGGAUGUGAUCCGUCCAUGGGUGAAUACAUCUCCACUGUAAUGAAGAGGUGCAUGUCCGUUCCUGUGACCCUGAGGACAUUAUACAGUAAGCUCGAGGAAAUCACCUGUGCCCCACUUUCUCCCCCUGCCCGCCCGGCCGCCACAGAGGCCGAAAACGACCGCUCGACUCCCUCGAGUACCGCGGUGACAGACGCUCGCAGCGCCUCGACCGAGUUGUCCCAGGGUGCAGCCGUGCCAGAGGACGGCUUCAGCGUUUCCGGCUCUGCAUGCUAUGCCAUGUCUGUCGCCGAUUCUGAGCUUCCUCCUGAAAUAAAUACAAGUCCUGCUGUCAACCCUUACCCAUUCACUGCUGUGGGUGUGUUUUCACAUUGA